UCUCACUCAUCCUUUUUUUCAGAAACGACGUUAGCUCACAUUCGCUCACGUUUUUCUUUUUAAAAAGGGAAUUGUAAACUCGCACCGCCUCUCUCUCUCUCUCUCUCUCUCUCUCUCUCUCUCUCUCUCUCUCUCUCUAUCUCUCUGUGCCACACACAGACUUGCUCGCACUCUACCGAACACAACGCUAUUAUAGUAAUAUUAUUUAUUUAUUUAUUUAGCUAGGGAUAUUCCCCCCCCUCUCUUUCUCUCUCACCCAUCGCCCCCCCCCCCUCUCUCUCUCUCUCUCUCUCUCUCUCCCUCUCUCUCUCUCUCUGUUUCACUAUGCCCUUGUCCACCGUACUUCUUCUCCGGCCGUUCAGAAUGGAAUUCGCCGCAUUGCUGUGAAACAAGCGCCUAAGUAAUAAAAACAAAUCAAGGGGGUGGGGACGGACGGACGGACAGACAGACAGACGGACAUCCGAACAGAGUGACAGAACCGCGAGCGGGAGGGGGGGACGUAUCAAUUAUACAAGAUGAGCUCCUUCAGCAGUCGUGCGCUCAUGCUCCUCUCCUCAGUGUCCGGUGCCUGUGGGUUGCUCCUGGUUGGGAUUGCCGUCUCCACGGAUUACUGGCUGCUCAUGGAGGAGGGAAUCAUCUUGCAGCAGAACCAGACCACUGAGAUCAAGAUGGCGCUCCAUGCUGGGCUCUGGAGAGUCUGCUUUGUAGCGGGUGCUGAGAAGGGCCGCUGUGUGGCAUCGGAAUAUUUCUCUGAACCAGAGAUUGAAAUCACUACAGAGAACACAGCUAAUAUACUGAAGAUGGUCCGCACAGCCACUCCGUUCCCGAUGAUCAGUCUCUUGUUUGUCUUCACUGCCUUCGUGAUCAGCAACAUCGGGCACAUCCGCCCCCAGCGAACCAUCCUGGCCUUCGUCUCGGGAAUCUUCUUCAUACUCUCAGGCCUCUCUCUGGUAGUUGGUCUGGUUCUCUAUAUCUCCAGUAUCAAUGAUGAAGUGAUGAACCGCCCCAGUCAGCCGGAGCAGUUCUUUCACUAUCGCUACGGCUGGUCCUUCGCCUUCGCAGCCUCGUCCUUCAUGCUGAAAGAGGGGGCAGGGGUGAUGUCAGUCUACCUCUUCAUGAAGCGCUAUGCGGAGGAGGAGAUGUACAGACCUCACCCCGCUCUGUACCGGCCGCGCCUGUCCGAGUGCAGCGAUUACUCCGGUCAGUUCCUUCACCCCGAGGGGUGGCAGCGUGGCCGGAGCGCCUCGGACCUGUCGAGCGAUGUCUCCAUCCAGCUGAACCAGGCCCAGCCGCCACCGCCCCCCUCCUCCAGCUCCCAACCGGGCGGGGCCACCGGGGGCUACCUGCCCCCCGCCUCCUCCUACUCCCAUCCCCACUCCCACCCCCACCACAUCCCCCAGACCCAGCCGCCCCACUCCAUGGCCUCCAUGGCAAUGCAGACUCCCCCUUCCUCCGCCUCCCUGCACUCCACCCUCCCCCAACCCCCCAAAUACCACCCUCACAUCCGCAUGAGCGCCUCGCCCUGCUAGGCUUCCCGCCUGAAAUCCGCACUGUCAUCUGCAUCCUGUGUUGUUUGGAACUCAAGAAACGCAUGAAUGAUUUGGAAACGGUAAACCCACUUGAUUAUAACAAACUCAUAACAAACUAGAUUUUCUCAGUGUCUUCAGUGUAAAUUUAAUGAUAACACUGCGAAAGACUUCUAGUCAUUUGCCAUUGAAUUCAUUAUGUUUCUUUCAGUGUUUCUAAACUCAGCACUAUCGAGUGUUCAGUAGUUCUCUUAAUAUUUCCUCUGCUGCGAUUCAGACAACACAGGAUGCAGUUAAAGCAGUGCGUUCCUGCUCUACAACACAGCGCAUUACUGAACAAUUUAAACUAGACUUCAAACUAUAGAGUAACAACAGAGCCGAUCCCAUUUUCAGUGGCGUCUUCAAAUAAUAUAAUUGACCCGUCUCACAAUGCUAAACAGCACACUGAAGACUGAAGCUGUUCAAAGAUGGCGCUCACAUUAAAAACCAUGCAAAGUAGGAACCUUAAAAUGAUCAGGAUUGCACAAGCAGGGCUGCAGAGGAUUCGAUACACACGGGGAAAGCAAGACAAUAGACAAGCUCUGCAGAUAUCCCUCCUAAGGUAGAGAAGGAGAAGCAACUUCCAGAGGAAAUAUUACACUUCUGGCAGAAUUCUCAUCUUCCAGAUUUUAUGGGGUUAGCAUACCAAUAAAAAUCAAAUGCACCUUUUAAAAUAAUGUGAAUGUUUUCCAUAUAGGGAAGUGUGAGUUCUACAAAGAUAAUAUAUAGGUAUGAUUUACUGGGGUUAUUUUGUUCAAAGUUUACAAAAAAAAAAACGUUAGCGAAUAUUCUGACAUUUUUAAUAUUACUUUGUUUUUUUAUUACUACAUGCAGUGUUACACUAUACUUAUAUUUACCCAAUACAAAGCCUUUUCACUACAUGCAGUUACACUAUACUUGUAUUUACUAAAUACAAAGCCUGGUCACUUUAUAGGUCCCUGCUAUAGGGUCACUGUUUGAUCUCAGUCUUGACGUGACCUCGACUCCACAAGGUGUUGGAAGGUGUCUCUGUGGAUCCGCUCCCUCAUUAAUCCUGAGCGCACAGAGGCAGGCAGGGGGUCGUGAUGACGAGUCGUUCAGACGGUCGGGUCGAGAUCAUUGUGGUGGCCGUGGAAGAUGCCUGAAGUCUCUCUGUCGUGCUCCUCAAACCGAUCACAAUCCUGGCACGGUGCACAGGGGUGUCGGGGUUCUGUGUUGUUGGGGGUCCGCAGCGAUGCUUAGUGUUUGUUCAGCCCUCCAGAGUAAUCGAGGUAUAGCAAAAGAACAUGAACCACCCCAGGACAACACCAAACCCGAUCCGGCAGGCAGGGAGGCAGGCAGACAGGCAGGGAGGCAGACAGACAGGCAGGCAGGCAGGUCACAGAGGCCAGGCCCGUUUUAGCAGAACAAACAAAAAUAUAUUUGAAAAAAAAGUUAUCAAAAGUCUUAUAAAAGGCAGUCUAAUACAGAGGCUAUAUUAAGAAAACAAUAUAUUAAGACAUUUACAUAUACCAGAGUUUAUAUAUCAUACAGCAACACACAUGAUUCAGAGAGUCUGUCUUGAGUUUCAAUCUCCAUAGUUUUAUAUAUUAUACAGCAACACCAAACAUGAUUCAGACAGUCCCAUAUGUUUCAAUCUCCACAGUUUUAAAUAUUAUACAGCACCAAACAUAUAUUUUAUAUAUAUUUAUUUAUUUGUAAAUCACAAUCCAGAUUGGUUUGACAUUUUCAUGUAGAGCUGGACAGAAAAUUGGAACACCUUACACUCUAUUGACAGUGUUAUGGCAGGUGAAUCAGUCCCAUGGUGUACACUCUAUUGACAGUGUUAUGGCAGGUGAAUCAGUCCCAUGGUGUACACCCGAUUGACAGUGUUAUGGCAGGUGUUCAGUUGAUUUUGUAGUCCUAUUUGAGUUGCUAGAAUGCUUCGCUAGCGGUUUCAGUUAGAUUAGUAUGAAGUAGAGUAGAUGUAGAAAAAGAUCAUUUAAUACUAUGAACAAAAAUAAAAAGUUACAAAAAAAUAAACAAAAAUAAAAAAAUAAAAAAACACUAAUUUAAUAUUGUAAAUAAUAUUAAUAAAUACUGUUAAUAAAGAUAAGAAUAAUUUAAAUAAUAAAGUAAUUAUUGAUAGCUGUAUAUUAAGAUAUCAAGAUAUAUAUUAAAGAGGCACACUGACUGGCAAGUUAUACAGAAACACUGAUAUGCAAACACACACAGACAGAUACACAUUGAAAUACAGACACACACACACAGACAGAUACACACUGAAAUACAGACACACACACACACACACAGAUACACACUGAAAUACAGACACACACACACACACACAGAUACACACUGAAAUACAGACACACACACGCAGACAGAUACACACUGAAAUACAGACACACACACACAGAUACACACUGAAAUACAGACACACACACACACACACAGAUACACAUUGAAAUACAGACACACACACACACAGAUACACACUGAAAUACAGACACACACACACACAGAUACACACUGAAAUACAGACACACACACACACACAGAUACACACUGAAAUACAGACACACACACAGAUACACACUGAAAUACAGACACACACACACACACAGAUACACAUUGAAAUACAGACACACACAGAUACACACUGAAAUACAGACACACACACACAGACAGAUACACACUGAAAUACAUAGACACACACACACACAGACAGAUACACACUGAAAUACAGACACACACAGAUACACACUGAAAUACACAGACACACACACAGACAUAUAGACGCACACACACAUUAUUAUUUCUUUACAAAAGUGAAAGCUUUUAAAAACUUUUACAACAAAAUCUUGAAUUGUAAAUGUAAAUGCUAUAUUAACUAUUUGAAUUAAAAGCUACAAGGAAUCCAUUCAUUUUUUGGGGGGGAGGGGGGAGAGAAGAGUUUUUGCAUAAAAGUUGUAGCUAAAGAAUGUAUGAAUGUUUUACCCUACAAAUCCUCUUCAGGUACGAGCUGACAGAAAGAAAGUAAUAAAUCUGAUUGCACCUUUUAUAAAUGUCUGUUUUAGUUUUGCUUCCUGAGCUCUAACAGAGCUGGAAGAUGUCAUUUCUAACCUCCUGUACUACUGCUGCAAGUAGACAGGAUCACAAGAACACAGGUACCUGGAAUAACAAAUUGUAUUACAGUACUAAACUGAACAGGAUCGGGGGUCUAUAGCUUUCAGAAUAAGGAAUUGCAUUACAGUACCAAACUGAACAGGAUCAUGGGUCUAUAGCUUUCAGAAUAAGGAAUUGCAUUACAGUACCAAACUGAACAGGAUCGGGGGU